UUUAAAAAUGCCUUUCGGUCUAAAACCAAAAUGUUUCCAAUGUCAAAAAACGGACUCUUUUAUGUGGAGGAAAACGGAGGAUGGUUUUAUUUGCAAUGAAUGUGUGGAACAGCAGCGAAAUGGUAAACUGAGAAGCAGCCGUGAUCAAGCAUCAAGUAGAUCAUCAGUUGACAAUGACCCUAAAAAUGCAAGAAAAAGUACCCGUACUACCAGAAAUUAUAAGACUAGAUUGAAUCCAUUUGCCUUACCUAAACCGUACUCUCCCAAAGGCAAGGGUCGAAGAAUAAUCUUCAAAAAAACUCCUCAGAAAGCUCCAGGAGCUGUAACAUCACCCGUCACAAGCAAUUAUGUUUUUCACAAGGGCAGCUAUAUCCAAGUUGGCGACAUUGUUUCUCUUCAAGAUGUGGAUGGUGGCAUUUAUUAUGCUCAAAUACGUGGUCUGCUGACUGAUCAGUAUUGUGAAAAGAGUGCAGUCAUUACAUGGCUGAUCCCCACCACUGCCAGUCCUGAUCCUGAUGAUGGCUUUGACCCCGCAUCUUAUGUUAUUGGGCCUGAUGAAGAUAUUCCACGAAAAUUAGAAUGCAUGGAGUUUGUUAUGCACGCGCCAUCAGACUAUUAUAAAGCUCGUAAUACACCGUAUCCCCCAACAAAUCCUCCUGAGACCAAGAACUCCUUCAUUUGGAUGAGAUUAAGCUUGAAGCCACCUAAGCCAAGCAGCAAGACUGAAUAAAUUUAUAGAAUGUUAA